AUGGCUUUUAAAGGGAACUUUUUCGCUAUCUUGGAUGAUGAAGAAGGCGAUGAUGUGUCGAAGCUUCUCGCUCGCGUCGCCGCUAAGGUUGAGGCUACUUCGCGGCCGUCUACGGCUGAGAAGCAGCAGAACAAGAAGGAGCAGCAACAGCAGAAGUCUGUCACUGUCCCCCAUUCUGAAUAUGUGAGAGCUUGUAGAGGGGGAGGAAGACAAAGAGGUGGUCAGGGCCAUGAAUCAGAAAGGUACCAUCGGAAUGACAUGGAGCGGUUUGAGAAUGGCCCGCCAAAAGGUUAUCAACAGAAUUACAGAGAUAUAAAUGGUUAUCAGCGGUAUAAUGGACAAUCUAAAGGCUGUCUGUAUGAUAAUGGAGGGGCUGAUGGUUACUGGCAGGUUAAACAGGCAAGUGGUUAUCAGCAUAGUGGGCAAGUUAAUGGUUCUGAGCAGAAUCACUCUGGUGGUUAUCAGCAUAAAAAUAGUGACAAUUUUGCUGGCAGUACAUUUGAUGGUGAUUGGCAAGUUCAGAGGCGUAGGCGUCGAAGAGAUCGGUUCAAUGAAGGGAAUUGGCUUUGUGAUAAUCAGUGGGAAUUACCUGAGAGUCCCAAUGGAAGUUGGAAUAUCAAUGGAGAGAUGCAGUCUGGGAAUGGAAUGGAAAUUGGUGAUAAUCAGGGGGAUGAGAUGCAGUCUGGGAAUGGAAAUUGGAAUUCCAAUGCAGGGAAAAGAGAGAAUAUUGGGGGUCAUAGAGGAUCCAGAACACGAGAAGGGCUCCUUUCCGGAGAACAUGAAGAGAGGGAUAAUGGGAGGGGUGAAGGGAUUGAAAGUUCAAAGUCGAAGGAGGUCCUUUGUAAUACUGGAGAGCGUGAAGUCAAUGAGGAUAGCAAUAGCAAUGGGACUGAAGACAUGAAAAUGUUAGUUUUAGAGCUUCAAGCCUUCAACAGCCAUAGCGGAGGAAUGGUUGUAAAAAUGUAUGAUAUUCCAUAUCAUUCUAGCAGCAAAAGGAUUAUUUCUGUGACUUCUGAAGUCUCCAAAGAUGCAGAGCGCAAAAAGGGUAAAACGGACAAACAUGGCCAAGAUGCUGCCCAAAAUGACUCAGAAGAUAAGGCUAAACAGAAAAUUGAAGAGAGAAAUAAAAUGACUCUUAAAGAGUAUCAAAAGCAGCUUCUUGUGAAGAGGAAGACUUUGGAGGCUUUAAAGAUGGGAGAGAGGAAAGUAACACUUGACAAGGAUUUUGAAUUGAUGCAACUUGUUGGGAAAAAGAAAGAAGACGACAUUUUUAUUAAGCUGAAUUCUGAGAAAGAUAAGCGUAGGAAGAAAGAGAGCCUUGACAAGGAUGGGAAAGGUCGCAAGUCAAUGAGCAUUGAUGAAUUCCUGAAACCAGCAGAAGGCAAAUAUUAUGGAAGGCGCCGUAUACCAUAUCAUUUAAGACGGGAUGGACGUGAAAAUGGCGAACAAUAUCUGAAUCGUGGGGUAUCAGUGGGGGACGAGGACGAAGGUAAGGAUGUGCCUGUACCUCCUGAUCAAAAAAAGGAUGAUGUACCGGCUCCUGGGGAUUCACUGCAGUUCCCUGACUUGCGUGGAUCUAUAAAGGGAUGA